AUGGAUGUUAGCCGUCUUGUCGAGAAUAUGGAUGCAAUGAGCUGUCUCCUCAAGCGACGGGGGGCUGCCAAGGAGGUGCAAGAUGCCUUAGAAGCCAUACCAGAGCUGCUGAGGCGUCUUCGCGGGGUGUCAAGUGAGAUGAACGCUCUCAUGCGAAGGCGGAGGGAAGCAGCAAGGGCACCCCCGCACGAGCAGCAGCAGCAGCAGCCCGAGCCUACUCAGCCCUCUUCCGCAGCUUCCUCGAAAGCCGAGGAGGAAUCUCUUGACGCGCGCUGCAGGGAGGUAGCAGCACAGAGAAGGGAGCUGCAGGAGCAGCUUCAGCAGCGUUUACUUCUUCUCCCCAAUGGCCUGGAUGCCAGAGUAUUAUACCCCACCUUUUUCCUCCUCCUUUGUACCCUCCCUCUCCUUCUUUCUCUCCCUUAUUAA